AUGACCGCGUUGCACCAACAAUUCUCCCGCUUUCCAUCACCCCGCUCCAUUGUCCCGCUUUCCACUACCCCGCCCAAUUCUCCCUCUUUCCAUCACCCCUCCCCAUUCUCCCUCUUUCCAUCACCCGGCCCCAUUCUCCCGCUUUCCAUCACCCGGCCCCAUUCUCCCUCUUUCCAUCACCCCGCCCCAUUCUCCCGCUUUCUAUCACCCCGCCCCAUUUUCCCGCUUUCCAUCACCCCUUUCCAUUCUCCUGCUUUCCAUCACCCCGCCCCAUUCUCCCGCUUUCCAUCAUCCCGCCCCAUUCUCCCUCUUUCCAUCACCCCGCCCCAUUCUCCCGCUUUCCAUCACCCCGCCCCAUUCUUCCGCUUUCCAUCAUCCCGCCCCAUUCUCCCGCUUUCCAUCACCCCGCCCCAUUCUCCCGCUUUGCAUCACCCCGCCCCAUUCUCCCGCUUUCCAUCACCCCACCCCAUUCUUCCGCUUUCCAUCACCCCUCCCCAUUCUCCCUCUUUCCAUCACCCCGCCCCAUUCUCCUGCUUUCCAUCACCCCGCCCAAUUCUCCCGCUUUCCAUCACCCCGCCCCAUUCUCCCUCUUUCCAUCACCCCGCCCCAUUCUCCCGCUUUCCAUCUCCCCACCCCAUUCUCCUGCUUUCCAUCACCCCGUCCCAUUCUCCCGCCUCUUUCCAUCACCCCGCCCCAUUCUCCCGCUUUCCAUCACCGCGCCCCAUUCUCCCGCUUUCCAUCACCCCGCCCCCAUUCUCCCGCUUCCCAUCACCCUGCCCCGUUCUCCCACUUUCCAUCACCCCGCCCCAUUCUCCCGCUUUCCAUCACCGCGCCCCAUUCUCCUGCUUUCCAUCACCCCGCCCCAUUCUCCCUCUUUCCAUCACCCCGCCCCAUUCUCCCUCUUUCCAUCACCCUGCCCCAUUCUCCCGCUUUCCAUCACCCCGCCCCAUUCUCCCGCUUUCCAUCACCCCGCCCCAUUCUCCCGCUUUCCAUCACCCCGCCCCAUUCUCCCGGUUUCCAUCACCCCGCCCCAUUCUCCCGGUUUCCAUCACCCUGCCCCAUUCUCUCGCUUUCCAUCACUCUGCCCCAUUCUACCUCUUUCUAUCACCCCACCCCAUUUUCCCUCUUUCCAUGACCCCGCCCCAUUCUCCCGAUUUCCAUCACCCCACCCCAUUCUCCCUCUUUCCAUCACCCCGCCCCAUUCUCCCGCUUUCCAUCACUCCGCCCCAUUCUCCCGCUUUCCAUCACCCCGCCCCAUUCUCCCGCUUUCCAUCACCCCGCCCCAUUCUCCAACUUUCCAUCACCCCGCCCCAUUCUCCCGCUUUCCAUCAACCCGACCCAUUCUCCCGCUUUCCAUCACCCCGCCCCAUUCUCCCUCUUUCGAUCACCCGCCCCAUUCUCCCGCUUUCCUUCACCCCGCCCCAUUCUUUUGCCUCUUUCCAUCACCCCGCCCCAUUCUCCCGCUUUCCAUCACCCCGCCCCAUUCUCCCGCUUUCCAUCACCCCGCCCCAUUCUCCAGCUUUCCAUCACCCCGCCCCAUUCUCCCUCUUUCCAUCACCCUUCCCCAUUCUCCCUCUAUCCAUCACCCCACCCAAUUCUGCCGCUUUCCAUCACCCCGUCCCAUUCUCCCGCUUUCCAUCACCUUGCCCCAUUCUUUUGCGUUCCAUCACCCCACCCCAUCCUCCCCUCUUUCCAUCAUCCCGCCCCAUUCUCCCGAUUUCUAUCACCCCGCCCCAUUCUCCCUCUUUCCAUCACCCCGCCCCAUUCUCCCACUUUCCAUCACCCCGCCCCAUUCUCCCUCUUUCAAUCAUCCCGCCCCAUUCUCUCGCUUUCCAUCACCCCGCCCCGUUCUCCCGCUUUCCAUCACCCCGCCACCUUUUCCCGCUUUCCAUCACCCCGCCCCAUUCUCCUGCUUUCCAUCACCCCGCCCCAUUCUCCCUCAUUCCAUCACCCCGCCCCAUUCUCUCGCUUUCCAUCACCCCGCCCCAUUCUCCCGCUUUUCAUCACCCCGCCCCAUUCUCCCGCUUUCCAUCACCCCGUCCCAUUCUCCCUCUUUCCAUCACCCCGCUCCAUUCUCCCGCUUUCCAUCACCCCGCCCUAUUCUCCCUCUUUCCAUCACCCCUCCCUAUUCUCCCUCUUUCCAUCACCCCGCCCUAUUCUCCCGCUUUCCAUCACCCCGCCCCAUUCUCCCGCUUUCCAUCACCCCGCCCCAUUCUCCCGCUUUCCAUCACCCCGCCCCAUUCUCCCACUUUGCAUCACUUCGCCCAAUUCUCCCGCUUUCCAUCACCCCGCCCCAUUCUCCCGCUUUCCAUCACCCCUCCCCAUUCUCCCUCUUUCCAUCACCCCGCCCCAUUCUCCUGCUUCCCAUCACCCCGCCCCAUUCUCCCGCUUUCCAUCACCCCGCCCCAUUCUCCCUCUUUCCAUCACCCCGCCCCAUUCUCCCGCUUUCCAUCUCCCCACCCCAUUCUCCUGCUUUCCAUCACCCCGUCCCAUUCUCCCGCCUCUUUCCAUCACCCCGCCCCAUUCUCCCGCUUUCCAUCACCGCGCCCCAUUCUCCCGCUUUCCAUCACCCCGCCCCCAUUCUCCCGCUUCCCAUCACCCCGCCCCGUUCUCCCACUUUUCAUCACCCCGCCCCAUUCUCUCGCCUCUUUCCAUCACCCCGCCCCAUUCUCCCGCUUUCCAUCACUCCGCCCCAUUCUCCCGCUUUCCAUCACCCCGCCCCAUUCUCCCGCUUUCCAUCACCCCGCCCCAUUCUCCAACUUUCCAUCACCCCGCCCCAUUCUCCCGCUUUCCAUCAACCCGACCCAUUCUCCCGCUUUCCAUCACCCCGCCCCAUUCUCCCUCUUUCGAUCACCCGCCCCAUUCUCCCGCUUUCCUUCACCCCGCCCCAUUCUUUCGCCUCUUUCCAUCACUCCCGCCCCAUUCUCCCGCUUUCCAUCACCCCGCCCCAUUCUCCCGCUUUCCAUCACCCCGCCCCAUUCUCCCUCCUUCCAUCACCCCGCCCCAUUCUCCCGCUUUCCAUCACCCCGCCCCAUUCUCCCUCCUUCCAUCACCCUGCCCAAUUCUCCAUCCUCCCAUCACCCUGCCCCAUUCUCCCGCUUUCCAUCACCCGCCCCAUUCUCCCUCUUUCUAUCACCCCGCCCAAUUCUCCCGCUUUCCAUCACCCCGCCCCAUUCCCCUGCUUUCCAUCACCCCGCCCCAUUCUCCCGCUUUCCAUCACCCCGCCCCGUUCUCACGCUUUCGCACACCCCGCCCAAUUCUCCCGCUUUCCAUCACCCCGCCCCAUUCUCCUGCUUUCCAUCACCCCGCCCCAUUCUCCCUCUUUCCAUCACCCCGCCCCAUUCUCCCUCCUUCCAUCACCCCGCCCAAUUCUCCGCUUCCCAUAACCCCAGCCCCAUCUCCCCCUUUCCAUCACCCCGCCACAUUCUCCCACUUUCCAUCACCCUGCCCCAUUCUCCCUCCUUCCAUCACCCCGCCCCAUUCUCCCUCCUUCCAUCACCCCGCCCCAUUCUCCCGCUUUCCAUCUCCCCGCCCCAUUCUCCCGCUUUUCAUCACCCCGCCCCAUUCUCCCGCUUUCCAUCACCCCGUCCCAUUCUCCCUCUUUCCAUCACCCCGCUCCAUUCUCCCGCUUUCCAUCACCCCGCCCUAUUCUCCCGCUUUCCAUCACCCGCCCUAUUCUCCCGCUUUCCAUCACCCCGCCCCAUUCUCCCUCCUUCCAUCACCCCCCCCCCAUUCUCCCGCUUUCCAUCACCUCGCCCCAUUCUCCCGCUUUCCAUCACCCCGCCCCGUUUUCCCGCUUUCCAUCACCCUGCCCUAUUCUCCCGCUUUCCAUCACCCCGCCCCAUUCUCCCGCUUUCCAUCACCCCGCCCAAUUCUCCCGCUUUCCAUCACCCCGCCCCAUUCCCCUGCUUUCCAUCACCCCGCCCCAUUCUCCCGCUUUCCAUCACCCCGCCCCCCCCAUCUCCCGCUUUCCAUCACCCCGCCACAUUCUCCCACUUUCCAUCACCCCGCCCCAUUCUCCCUCCUUCCAUCACCCCGCCCCAUUCUCCCUCCUUCCAUCACCCCGCCCCAUUCUCCCGCUUUCCAUCUCCCCGCCCCAUUCUCCCGCUUUCCAUCACCCUGCCCCAUUCUCCCGCUUUCCAUCACCCCGCCCCAUUCUUCCGCUUCCCAUCAUCCCGCCCCAUUCCCCCGCUUUCCAUCACCCCUCCCCAUUCUCCCACUUUCCAUCACCCCGCCCCAUUCUUCUGCUUUCCAUCACCCCGCCCCAUUCUCGCGCUUUCCAUCACCCCACACCAUUCACCCGCUUUCCAUCACCCGCCCCAUCUCCCGCUUUCCAUCACCCCGCCCCAUUCUCCCGCUCUCCAUCAACCCGCCCCAAUCUCCCGCUUUUCAUCACCCCGCCCCAUUCUCCCGCUUUCCAACACCCCUCUAGCCAUUGACUUUGCAGUCUGGAUUGAGGACCUGCAGCUGUACUUACUGUGUGAUGCGGUCGAUGAGGUCUCUCUCUUUGACUUUCUCUCUGGCGCUGUCCCUGCCCCUCCUCCUGAUGCUGAUUCCGCCGUUCGCUCCAAGUGGGCGACCCGCGAUGCUGCUGCACGUCUUGCUGUGCGUCGCCACCUCCCUUCCUCCGAGCGUGCCCACUUUAGUCAGUGCAAGACCGCUCAGGCCUUGUACGACGCUGUAGUUGCACGCUACUCCUCCCCUUCCUCCGCUACGCUGAGCCGCCUCAUGCUACCUUUCCUCUUCCCUGACCUCGCUGCCUUUCCCACUGUCGCUGACCUCAUUACCCACCUCCGCGCUAGUGACGCUCGCUACCGCGCUGCCCUUCCUGCUGAGGACCAGUUUCUCUCUGUCUGUCCCACCACCCUCACUGUCGACCUCCUUGAGGAGUCCCUGCUAGCGGCUGAGAAGAGCAUAGUCGCUGUAGGGGCCUCUCGGGGUGACCCUCGCACCCCCAUCUUUGAGGGGUGUUCUCCUUCCCCCCUGCUGCCCUCUGUCGCCUCUGCCGCUGCGGCCGACCUCACUGGUUUUGAGUCGGUCGGUGCGGCGUCUGCCCCCAGCGGUAGACGCCGCUCUGGCAAGGGCAAGGGGGGCAAGGGAGCGGGUGGAGCUAGAGGGGGCAGUGGCGGAGGAGGUGGGGGUGGCGGGGGGAGUGGGGGUGGCGGUGGAGGUGGUGGCGGGAGUGGAGGUACUGGUGGAGGCGGUGGAGGCGGAGGUGGCGGCGGGGGCGGUAGCGGAGGAGGCGGGGGCGAGGGUACCAGUGGGGGCGGUGGCGGUGGAGACGUAGGCGGUGGUGGAGGCGGGAGUGGCGGUGGCGGCGAGGGUCGGAGUGUCUCGUCCCAGCGCAGCAGCUCUGGGGGUGGUCAGCGCCAGCAGCAACAGCAGCAGCAGCAGCAGCCGCAGCAACGCUCUCGCACCGUCCCCGCCCCUCAGCAGCUCCGUGAGUGGUACUUGCAGCGUCAGCGUGGUGGUGCGUUUGGUCCCUGCCCCUACGUUCUUCGCACCGGCGACCGUGCGGGGGAGAGGUGUGGAGGCACCCACACGGCCCGCCGCUGCUUUGGCCGCCUGACCGACGCUUGGCGUCAGCAGUUUCCGGAGGCCGCUGAGAUCCCCCGCUGGGGGGAGCUGUCUAGGGCUGGUGUAGCCAUUUAUGAUCUUGACUUUGAUGCUAUUCUUUCUGCUAUGUAUGUUGUGACUGGUAGUGAUGAGGAUGACUGUUACCGGUGUUUCCCGCCCGACCCGGGCAUUGGUACUGCUGCGUCAGGUACUAGUGAGGCUGCUGCUCUAGGUGCCAGUGCGUCUGAGCUCUCAGGUACUGGUGAGUCUGCCCUCUCAGUUACUGUGUCGGCUUCGGCCUCUCACACCUUCACACUUGACUCUGGAGCGUCUCGCUCCUUCUUUCGGGACCGCACUACUCUCACGCCGCUGAGUCGGCCGGUUGCGGUGUCCCUGGCUGACCCCUCUGGGGGGCCUGUCCUGUCUCGCUUCUCCACGGUACUUCCGUGUCCGGCGGCCCCCUCUGGCACCCUGUCUGGUCUCUACCUCCCCUCGUUCUCGACGAACCUGGUGAGUGGUGCUGACCUACAGGAUGCGGGUGUCCACCAGUUCACUCCUGCUCGUCAGCGGGGCCCUGGCCCUGCCUGUGUCCCCUAUGUCGAGGGGCGCCAGCGUGCUGCCCCUCACUCCUCCCAGUUUCCUCCGACAGAGGCCCCGCUGCAGACACUUCACAUGGACGUGUGGGGGCCGGCCCGCGUCCUUGGACAGGGUCACGAGCGCUACUUCCUGCUAGUUGUUGACGACUACUCGCGUUACACCACAGUCUUCCCCUUGCGCAGCAAGGGUGAGGUUACUGAGUCCUUCACGCUUCCGGACUCCCCACAGCAAAAUGGGAUUGCUGAGCGCCGCAUUGGCAUGGUCAUGGACGUCGCCCGUACGUCCAUGAUGCAUGCGGCUGCCCCCCAUUUUCUGUGGCCGUUUGCGGUCAGGUACGCAGCGCAUCAGAUCAACCUCCACCCCAGGGUCUCCAGGCCGGAGACCUCCCCAGCCCUGCUGUGGACGGGGAAGGUUGGCGAUGCGUCGGCGUUCCGGGUCUGGGGAUCUCGGGCGUUUGUCCGCGACUUGUCUGCGGACAAGCUGUCCCCUCGCGCUGCUCCCUGCGUCUUCCUGGGGUUCCCCCCCGACGCCCCUGGGUGGCAGUUCUACCACCCCACCUCUCGACGUGUUCUGUCCUCCCAGGACGUCACGUUCGACGAGUCGGUACCCUACUACCGCCUCUUCCCCUACCGCACUCCGUCCCUCCCCCCGCCCCCGCUUUUCCUGGUACCAGGUCCCCCCCCGGUAGACCCCCUCCCCCCUCAGGGUCCUGCCCCGUCAGGUGUGUCCCAGGUAGACGCGGUCGAGCCUGUCGAGGUCACUGGUGACUCUGGUGCUGCUGCGGGAGCUGAGCCUGGGGGUGCGGAGUCUGGGGGUGCUGAGCCUGGGGGUGCGGAGUCUGGGGGUGCGGAGUCUGGGGGUGCUGAGUCUGGGGGUGCUGAGCCUGGGGGUGCUGAGCGUGGGGGUGCUGAGCCUGGAGGUGCUGUGCCUGGGGGUGCUGUGCCUGGGACUGCUGUGCCUGGGAGUGCUGAGCCUGGGGGUGCUUCGUCUCGCCGGGAGCCACUCUCCCCACAGGAGCUGAGUGAGUGGUUUGCCAGGCGCUGGAGGCGUGCUGCUAGUGCUGGUGGUUCUUCGGCUGCUGAGGGCACUGCUGCCGCGCGUCCCGGCGGUGCUCGUCCUGUGGGUGCUGGAGCUGUUGGGUCUGCGAGUUCUCUUGGAGCUGGUGCUGCUGAGGGUGUUGGCGCUGAGCCUGCUGCUGGCGGUCCGACUGACAGUGCUCCUGGUGCUGCUGCUGGAGGUUCUGGAGCUUCUGGUGGUGCUGCUGGAGGUGCUACUGGAGUGGGUGCUCCUGCCGAGGGUGCUGGUGCUGUUCCUGCUGUUUCUAGGAGUCGCCGCGCGGCCCCGACC